UCGUGAACAAGACACUUAAUUUUGAAGAGUCACGAUUUUUCAGCUUUUAGAAAAGACUCGAGUGGCUCUUGUAUCCUCUUUUGUUCCCAGACAUGAAAUCCAUGACAUUUUCAUCUGUAAGGAAUACACGUGCUUUCCCGAGAAGCCUGGUCGGGAGGGGCCUCCUUGGGAGGGGUGUCUCAACGAAGGAGUUGGAUGUUAUGAAAGGAGAUCGAGAGCGUGUAGUUAUUCUAGGCUCAGGCUGGGCUGGUUUUGUUCUAUCACGGCAACUAGACAAGAAGAAGUUUCAACCCGUUGUGGUCUCUCCCAGAACGUACUUCGUCUUCACUCCCUUGCUUGCGUCAACAGCCGUUGGCACCCUCGAGUUCCGGACGACUCUUGAGUCUGUUAGAGCUCGUUCUGCCGGUGUAGAGUUCUUCCAGGGCUGGGCGGACGACGUUAAUUUCAACGAAAAGAGGGUCCUUAUUGAAGACGCUACUGUGAGGAGGCCGCUGCAGCUUUCCGGGAAAGCAUUUCAUGCUGCGAGCCUCGCCGAAGCAGAUCAAUCUCAACGGUCCAAGAAGAAAGGUCAAGUGUUUGGUUUGACGUAUGACAAGCUUGUCAUCGCUGUAGGAUGCUAUAGUCAGACAUUUGGAACUCCUGGCGUCAAGGAAAAUGCUUUCUUUCUGAAGGAUGUCGUUGAUGCGAGGAAGAUUCGGAAGCGGAUUCUCGAAUGCUUCGAAACCGCUGCUUUACCCACAACUUCAGACAAGCUGCGAGACCAGCUCUUGAACUUCGCCGUCGUUGGAGGAGGCCCCACCGGCGUUGAAUUCGCCGCCGAGCUGUUUGACCUCUGUCAUGAGGACCUCCGAAAGCUCUACCCCACCCUAAUUCCCCAUAUAAAAAUAACAAUCUACGACGUAGCUCCCAAGAUCCUGCCCAUGUUCGACAGUUCGCUCGCCGAAUACGCACUCAACCUUUUCCGCCGUGAUGGCAUCCAAAUCAAGACCGAACACCACAUAGAAGAGUUACGUCCAGGGCUCCCUGACUCCUCAAAUCCAAACACUGACGGCGGGUGCUUUACUUUAAAGACCAAGGAAGAUGGAGAAGUAGGAGUGGGGAUGUGUGUCUGGUCAACCGGCCUGAUGAUGAAUCCCUUCAUCCAAAAUGCUCUUGAUGACGUUCAUACGUACCCUACAGCCUCAGCUCACCUCUCGAAUCAACUCGAAGACCCCUCAGCACAGAAAUGGUCUCUCAAACGCCACCCCAAAUCCGGAGGCCUGAUGGUAGAUGACCAUUUCCGCGUAAAGCUUGUCCCACGAAACGGUUCUCAACUCACCGCUCCCCUCGACUCGAGUUCACCAGAAGCAACAAUGCAGGACGUGUUCGCCUUGGGCGACGUCGCAGUCUUGGAGAAAGCACAACUACCAGCAACGGCUCAGGUAGCCAACCAGGAAGCCAAGUGGCUUGGUAAGAAACUCAACAAGGGGGAUAUUCAAGGCCAGGGUGAGGGAUUUAACUUCAAGAAUCUGGGUGUGAUGACCUAUCUGGGGAAUAUGAAGGCUAUCAUGCAGGCGGAAGGUGGAACGGAGGUCAAGGGGAGAAUGGCGUGGUUGAUUUGGAGAGGAGCCUACCUCACGCAAACAGUUAGCUGGAGGAACAAAUUGUUGAUUCCAAUUUAUUGGUCGAUCAACUGGAUUUUUGGACGGGACAUCUCAAGGUUUUAGAGCGGGAGUUGAAGCAUGAAGUUUAUACAAAAUGAUAAGACCUUGGUGGUUUGCUCUAUGUGUCUAAUUGAACGAUUCUUCUCAGUACUUGACUCAACUGAAUCCUUGUAGCACAAUCACAAACCAUUCUGCCAAGAGUCCUCCCGACACAUUUCAUCCCAACCAUCCUUUUAUCCAUCGCUUUUCCCCAUGUCAUCA